GAUCGUUGAUAUAUUUAUUUCUCAACAUAAUUUUAGUAUUUGUUUUUAAUUUUUAAAUAAUAUUUAAGCUGACGUCAAACUUUCAAAUUUUAUAAACGUAUAACAAAACAUAAUAAAACUAUAAUAAAUAAAAGGAAAAGUGAAAUUUUUCAAAAAAGGCGCUUAUCAUUUCGUGAUUUCUGAAGGGUUUUCAUAACUUUUUAAUUUUAUAUACAAUAUAAAGAGUUUAUUAGCUGUCAGUGUAAAGGAGCAUAACAAAAAGUUCAUCUCCCGCAGUUAAAAUUCGGCGUACACUGGUAAUGGACAAUAAUAAUACGAAAAUUUUGCCGUCGAAUAAUUAUGGAUUAAAAAAUAAUUCAACAAUUAUUAAUGAUUAUUGUGUAACAAUUAAUAAUACUGGUGUGAGUGAUGAUAAUUCUAAUAAAAAUAAUAAAUUGAAAUUAUUGUAUAAUACAAAUGUAGAAGAAGAUCAAAUUGAAAAAAACCAAAAAGAAUUAAUAGAAGAAAAUUUAUUAAAUUAUUUUUAUAAAUUAUUACGUAAAAAAAAUCAAUUUGGUAGAGAAGAGAAAAAAGAAGAUCAUAAAAAGGAAAAUCAUUUAUUGUCGAAACAAAAUUCUCAAAUAGAAAAUCAAAGAGCUGACAACGGCGACGACAACGACGACGACGACAACAAAAAUUUUAAUGCAGAAAUGGAUGCAUGCUUUACUGCUUUCGAUAAAGAUGGUGAUGAUCGUCUAUCAAUAUGUGAAUUUGCAUUAAUAUGUCGGGCUUUAUUCCGUAAUGAUCGCGGUCAUAUUUAUGAAGUAUCUAAAGAAUGGCUUGAUCAAAUGUUUGCAGUAUUCGAUCAAAACGGUGACGGACAUAUUGAUAGAGAAGAAUUUCAAUUUUGUUGGAAUAAUUGGAUUAAAGCGAUUGUGCGACCGGUGAAUGCUUUCUUAGUUGUUGAUGUACAAAAUGAUUUCAUAAGUGGUUCUCUUGAUAUAAGCAAUUGUAGUGCACAACAAAAUGGUGUUGAGAUUGUUGAACCAAUUAAUAAUCUAUUGGAUACAGUGGAUUUUGAUGCAGUAUUUUAUUCAUUAGAUUGGCAUCCUAGUGAUCAUGUCUCUUUCAUUGAUAACGUUAAAAAGAGGCCAUUAGAUGAAACAUCACCGAUUGAUGCAGAUUCUGCCCAAGUGUAUGAUACAGUAAUAUUUGCUGGUCCACCACCAAUGAAACAAAGAUUGUGGCCAAGACAUUGUGUACAAGAUUCAUGGGGUGCAGAAUUACAUAAAGAUCUUAAGGUUGUAGAGGAUGGUAUUAAAGUUUACAAAGGAACAAAUCCAGAAGUCGAUUCAUACUCAGUAUUUUGGGAUAACAAAAAACUAUCAGAAACCACAUUAAAUGACCAGCUUAAAAUGAAAGGAACAACAGAUAUAUAUGUAUGCGGAUUAGCUUAUGAUGUUUGCGUUGGUGCAACAGCAGUUGAUGCUUUAUCUGCUGGUUAUCGUACAAUUUUAAUAGAUGAUUGUUGCCGUGGUGUUGAUUUAAAUGACAUUGAAAAUACAAAAGAAAAAGUUAAUAGCAGUCAUGGUGUAAUCGCCCAUUCGAAUGAAGUUAAAGCAAUGGUUGAAGGACGUGAUCGUCGUCCAGAACUCGGAUAUAAAUUAGCAAUGGAAUUAAAGAAUCCAGAUUCGGUAUUAGCAACACGAAAUAAUGGUGUUCGGCGAUCAAUUUAAGGAAACAAAAAAAAAAAGUAAAAUAAAACAGGCUAUUAAUAAAAAUUUGUUAAUUUUUUUUGUGAAAACAUAAAGGAUAAAUACUUAAUAAUUAUAAAUAUUUAAAAAUUAAUUUUAAACAAACAAAAAAAUUUAUGAAAUAGAAGUCUAGAAUUUUCAUAAUGUUUGCAAAAUAAUAUUCUUAAUUUAGUUUUUUCCAUAUUUGUGGGUAGUUUAUAAAAAGUAUGGUUGAAUUCCGGUUUGCAGUUCUAACAAAGAUCUAACAGCAGAUUUUUGUAGUUUUCUUAGUAGAACUGCAAAAAAUCUUCUGUCAAAUCGAAAGCAUAAAAAAUUUUUCAGCUUUUAUAUUUUUAAAAUCUCUAUUCGUAGACAGCUUAUUAAUUAAAGAGCAGACAAACAUCAUUGGGAUUAUACCAGUGAAUUUUGUUGGCAGGCAUUGCUUUCGUAGUUCUAUUGCAGUGCAGCUAUAACUAAUAAGAUCUCUCACCAUCAAAACUGUAAAUGCGAAUUUAACCUAUGCUCAAUUGUUAAAUGAAACAAAAAUAAACGAUAUUUCAAUGUAAAAUUAAUUUUGUAAUUUCAUAAAUGAAAUUAAAAUAUUUUUUAGAAAUUUAAAUAACAGUACAAUUUUAGGUACUUAAAUUAUACAGAAAGUAUCUACAUAACAAGUUCUGCAUGGAACUUCUAUAAAAUGCAAAACUGUAAAUGUGAUUGUACUCUUAUCAAA